AUGCGAAUCGCAAGCUCGAUUAUAGGCGCGAACCYCGCCAUCCACAACCAAACCGUGCUCCCUGCAUCACACGACGCUUCACUUGUUCCAACACCCACCGUACAAGCAGAGUUCGACACAACCUUCCCCUUCCACACACCUACAGCACACCUGGUUAUGAUUCCAUAUGUUGGAAGCGGAUGCGAGGAAGGAAACCUGUUGCCGGAAUUUGCAGAGGAGGGGAUGGUUGGAUUGGGGUUUUGCUUCCCCGUCAAGCGAUCAGGAUCUUUCAUUUGGUAUGGCGUGAUCGAUUGUCUGGUGACUCUUCAUUCGGGAGUUGAUUGUGGAGGGUGGGAGUGGGAGAUUGAGAAAGGAAAGUGUCAUGAUCAGCAGUUUGCAAGUUUUCGGGCUUAUUGUUGA